GGCUAGACUCACAGUUUCUUGGGGAGACUGGAGGAAUAUCAGAUGGGUUCCCAAACAGUUUCCCACCAGAUUCCUAUUAUAGACUUCACUGAUGAAAACCUGCAACCUGGUACAGAAACCUGGAUUUCUGCUUGCCAAGUGGUGAGAAGUGCACUAGAAGAUAAUGGUUGCUUUUAUGCAAUGAGUAAUACGGUUUCUAUGGAGCUUUACAACUCAAUCUUUGCUCUAAUGGACGAGCUUUUUGAUCUUCCAUUAGAAACAAAAAAGCAAAAGACCAGCGAUAAGCCUUUUCAUGGAUACUAUGAGCCACAUCCUAUAGUCCCUUUAUAUGAAUCCAUUGGAAUUGACGACCCCUCCAAUAAGGAAGCAGUUCAAAAGUUCACCAAUACCAUGUGGCCGUCAGGAUAUGAUCAUUUCUGUGAGAAGCUCAAUCUCUAUGCUAAGUUGCUAGUAGAAAUGGACCAAACAGCUAAGAGAAUACUGUUUGAUGCUUAUGGGGUGGACAAAACACAUUGUGAUUCUUUCCUGGAAUCAGCCAAUUACAUGCUUCGGAGCUUCAAAUACAAAGUCCCUCAAAAGACACAGAAUAAUUUGGGAUUGCAUGCUCACACAGAUAGAUCUUACUUCACCAUACUACAUCAAAAUAAUGUGGCCGGUUUGCAAAUUAAACUCAUGAAUGGUGAAUGGAUCGAUACUGAUCCUUCACCUUGCAUGUUUCUGUUCCUCGCAGCAGAUGCAAUAAAGGUAUGGAGUAACGACAGAAUAAAGGCUUGUGAACACCAAGUUAUCAUAAGAGAAGAGAAAGAAAGGUGCUCCAUGGGAUUAUUUUCAUUUAACGGUAAGAUGGUUGAGACACAAGAAGAACUAGUUGAUGAAGACCAUCCAAUGCAAUACAAACCAUUUGACCAUUAUGAUUACAUACGGUUUCACAUGUCAUCAAAAGCUGAGGGUCGCAUAAAGGCAUUCUGUGGAAUAUAAUUGAGUAUUGACUAUGGCUAUACAUAUACAUAUAUAUGUUGAUAAUAAAUGAAACUCUUUUAUUUGAGUUUCCAUUUCCCAGAUGGAUAGAAAGUGGUUUCUGUACUAAUAUGCUGGCUUGGUUUUGUCACCUUUUGUUUUAUCUAAAUUAAUUGAAGUCUACUACUUUGAAAAGUUGAAGAUUCUCUAA